AGUAGCGCUUGUUAUUGAAGCUAGUUUGACGGUGGCACUGAGCGCUGCUGCAGCCAAACAAGACUUUCUGUCGUAUCACCCACUCGUAUUCACUUCUGUCAUUAACAUAUCACAACGUCUGGACUUGGCUGAUUCUAAAGCACAGCUAUGUGCAGCUGUGUGCGGAGCUCCAGGGCUCUCUCCCCCGUCCUUCUCCCCAGGCUGCUUCUUCCCCACACGGGGUACAGAUCGGCCAGCAGGGGCCUCUGGACUUCACCCCACUGCAUGACUGUCAGUGGAGACUCCCAGCUGCUCCCACUGCCCAGCCAGGCCCGGGUGGUGAUCUGUGGAGGAGGUAUUGUGGGAACAUCAGUAGCUUACCACCUGGCCAAAUUGGGAUGGACUGACAUUGUGCUUUUGGAGCAGGGCAGACUUGGUGCGGGAACAACCAGACUAUGUGCUGGCAUUGUCAGUGUGGCCAAGCCUAUUUCCAUUGAAUGUCAAAUGGCCAACUACUCCAAUAGUCUUUACCAGCAGCUGGAGGAGGAGACUGGGAUCAAAACAGGAUAUGUGAAGACAGGGUCUUUGUGUCUGGCUCAAAAUCAGGAUCGCUUUAUCUCUCUGAAUGGCUCUCUGAAGCGCCUGGCAUCUCGACUAAAGGUGAUGGGGAUCAGCUGUAACAUCAUUAAACCUAAGGAGGUGGCCAAACUCCACCCUCUUGUCAACAUUCAUGACCUGGUAGGGGCACUCCACCUCCCUGCAGACGCCGUGGUGUCUCCACCUGAAGUAAACCAUGCCUUGGCUGUAGCUGCUGCUGGACAAGGCGUUCAGAUCCUGGAGCGGACCAGUGUUCAGCAGGUUCUGGUGGAGAAGGGUCAUGUGAUGGCAGUGGAGACUGAUCGGGGCUCCAUUGAGUGUGAAUAUUUUGUCAACUGUGCUGGACAGUGGGCUUACGAGCUAGGCCAGGCCAGUGAGAUGAAGGUGUCGGUUCCUCUUCAUGGCUGUGAACACUUCUACCUCCUGACGAAACCUCUCCAGGAGCCACUCCCACCCAACGCGCCAGUGGUGAUCGAUAUGGAUGGCAGGAUAUAUGCACGGCCAUGGCAGGGAGGCCUUCUGUCGGGCGGCUUUGAGAAGAACCCUAAACCCAUCUUCACUGAGGGCCGCAACCAGCUGGAGAUCCAGAACAUGCAGGAGGACUGGGACCACUUUGAACCAAUGCUUUGUGCUCUGCUGCGGAGAAUGCCUGGCCUAGAGUCAGCUGAGAUUCAUCAGCUGGUCAACUGUCCAGAGUCCUUCACCCCUGAUAUGCGCUGUCUGAUGGGGGAGACGCCGGGUGUCUCUGGGUACUAUGUGCUGGCAGGGAUGAACUCCUCUGGUCUGGCUUUCGCUGGAGGAGCUGGAAAGUAUCUGGCAGAGUGGAUGACCUAUGGCUACCCCACUGCCAACGUCUGGCCACUGGACAUCAAACGCUUCGGUAACCUGCAGAGCAGCCGAACCUUCCUGAGACACAGAGUAAUGGAAGUCAUGCCCCUGCUGUACGAACUGAAGGUUCCUCGCUGGGACUUCCAGACUGGGCGUCAGCUGAGGACCAGCCCUCUGUAUGACCGUCUGGACACCCAGGGAGCACGCUGGAUGGAGAAACAUGGCUUUGAAAGGCCUAAAUACUUUGUUCCUCCAGGGAAAGAUCUGCUGUCUCUGGACCAGAGUAAGACCUUCUACAAACCAGACUGGUUUGACAUUGUUGGAGCUGAAGUGAAAUGCUGCAAAGAGGCUGUCUGUGUCAUCGACAUGUCCUCCUUCACCAAGUUUGAACUGACUUCAACAGGAGACCAGGCCCUGGAGCUCCUGCAACAUCUGUGUGCCAAUGAUCUGGAUGUUCCUGUUGGACACAUCGUCCACACCGGCAUGCUGAAUGAGAGGGGAGGCUAUGAAAAUGACUGCAGUGUGGUCCGCCUCAGCAAGAAUAGUUUCUUCAUCGUCUCUCCGACAGACCAGCAGGUCCACUGCUGGUCCUGGAUAAAGAAACACAUGCCCAAUGACCCACACCUCCACCUAGAGGAUGUCAGCUGGAAGUACACAGCUUUAAAUCUUAUUGGACCCCGUGCAAUGGAUGUUUUGGCUGAGCUGUCAUAUGUUUCCAUGACACCUGACCACUUCCCCUCCAUGUUCUGUAAGGAAAUGAGCGUGGGCUAUGCCAACGGGAUCAGAGUGAUGAGUAUGACUCACACCGGGGAACCAGGUUUCAUGCUCUACAUCCCCAUAGAGUACGCACUGCAUGUGUACAACGAGGUGAUGUCAGUUGGUCAGAAGUACGGGAUUCGUAAUGCAGGGUACUACGCGCUGCGCAGCCUACGCAUAGAAAAGUUCUUUGCCUUCUGGGGUCAGGACCUCGACGCUUUCACCACCCCGCUGGAGUGUGGACGAGAGUUCAGGGUUAAGUUUGACAAGGACACAAAUUUCCUUGGCCGUGAGGCGUUGCUGCAGCAGCGUCAGGACGGUGUGUUUCGGCGGUUCGUCAUGCUGGUUCUAGAGGAUCACGACACUGAGCUGGACCUGUGGCCAUGGUGGGGGGAGCCCAUCUACCGUAACGGUCAGCUGGCCGGGACGACCACCAGCAGCGCCUACAGCUACACCCUGGAGCGCCACGUCUGCCUCGGCUUUGUGUCUCCGCCGCCGGGCAAAGAGGGGCUCCCCACACCCAUCACCCCAGACUUCAUCAACCGCGGGGACUACGAGGUGGACAUUGCCGGCCAGCGCUAUCCGGCCAAAGCCAAACUCUACCCCUUCAGCUCCCUCUUCACCCAACAAAAACGCCGCAAGGAAGACAUGGAGCUCAGCAACCUCCAGGGGAAGUGAUACAGGGUAAUAGAAAACCCUUCAGUCGCCUCAGCAGGGGCUUCUGUGAUACUCCUCCUCCUAAUCAGAGGGCUGUUUGCACAAUCACUCCUUGUCCCUCUAAAAUUUAACUUCCACAUUGCAUCUCCCUCUUUCAAAGUGCAAUAUUCAUAACAGGCACCGAAUGCUUGAGCCGUAUCAUAUCCAGAGAUCCUCUGUCAUUAAAUCCUGCAGUUCUUUUUCCGCCUCACUCUCCUUUACACCCAAACACAGUCCACACAGUCUCAAAGGCUGCUUUACUGGGACAGUCUGCGGUUAAGUGCCUUUGUCAAGGCAACAUCAACACUAGCUGUUGAGAACUUUUUCCACUUAGUUCACUUUAACCCAUCCAGAGGGGAUAGUGACCGACAAUCUUCUCCAAGUAGAGCUCCAGUCACUGUAAUGUUUCCACGCUGCACAGUCUGGAAGAGUCUGAAAGACGUUCAGUGCUGAUUGCCUGCACGGUCAGUGUAGAUGUUGACUCUGCUGUCAUAUUACACAUUGUAAAUUUGCUGCUGUAAAGAACAUGAGUAAUGUGAUGUGAUGGGUGUGAUGAUACUUUAUACUGUUCACUUUUGUCAGCCCCACUAUAUUAUAGUUAACAAUGAAGGAAAAUGUCCUUCCCAGUCAAGGGAAAAAAAGGCCUGGAAGCAUUAGGAAGCCUGAUAUAAUCAUCAUAAUCAUCCAUUGUUUUUUGUGCCGCCCAUUACUGCUCUUUCAGUCCUGUUGAAAAGGCUUUCCAGGCUCUCCUAAAAGCCUCCAAGCACAUUUUUUUCCGAUUUAAUCGUCAACUUUCAGCUGUUCUGGUGUUAUCGCUGUGUGUCAGCUUGUCGUAAUGUAUUUACAGUAAUAUAAUCCAACCUGUUAUUUAUGUUUUGUGUCUGUUUGGAAUCAGAGUUGCUGUUCUGAUGCUCAAGUUUUGUUUUACUGAUGUGUCGUUGAAUGUGUGGCUGAUGUUAGGCAACCCAUAGAUGAGGGAAGCUAAAAUGGGGAAAGUGGCGACUGGAGCUUGGUGAUGUCAGUUUUGCCUGAUCCAGAAUUUAGAUGUUUGUGUAAAGGAAAGACUUCAUUGCAACUUGGAAAUAAAGCAAUGUAUUUUUGUAUAGCUAGUGUGUAAAAAAAAUCUCUAUUUUCUGUACUGCGCAUUUUUUCUACAUCCGUUAUAAGUUAUAUCAGUUGUAUGAAUCGGCAGUUUUCUUGUAGUUGUUCUUCUGAUUGCACAUAAUCUCAAAUGCUUUCCAGAAUAUUCUCUAUGCGUAAAUGUAAUUGCUAACAACAGCUUGAUGUUUCCCUACAUGUGCAUUUAUGUAGAUCUGUAAUGUCCUUUGGUCCUGUUGUCUCUUGCCCCCAUUCAGAGAUCAAAAGUCAGGGAGAGCUACAGAGCAGCAGACCUGGGGCUGGUAAAGAUUUAGUGUGUUGCUCAAAGACACUUCAGCAGCAUUGCUGUAAAGAACAGUGCCGAGGUAGUGUUUCAUUUCAGUGUAGGUCACUUGGUGUCAGCAGGCUCUGCAUCAAACUGUUGUAUGAUGAAUGUUAGCUUGAGUGGCUAAUUGAAAGAGCAAAAGUCACAUUGGUCACAUACACUGUGGACUUGGCUUCAGCAGGGUAGAAGAUGUUAUAACUAAAGGCAAAAACUGUGAUCCAAACUUAAGUGAAAGAUCCAGCACCAUCAAUCUUGCUAUCACUCCCCAGCUCAUUGACAGGUCUGUGAAUACACAUUUCAGUAGUGGGCAACAGCCGGAUCUAACUUCAUUUUAUUUUUUUUAAUUAUUAUUAUUUGUUAAUGGCCUUUGUUGUAUUUUUUCCAUUUACAGUGAAUCUACAACAUUUUGUUUAUUUGAUUUAACAGUUUAUUUGGUUGUAAAAUUACACAUUGAUCUUUUGAGUAUUUGUUGAAAUGAGAUAUAUUUGUUUCCUUUUUCUGACAACCCUCUUGAUCUCAAGUAGCAGCAGCAGCAGCAUUUUAAUUUAUUUUGGGGCCCGUCUGAAGCACUUUUACCUCUGAUGAGAGGAAAUUGCAGUACCUUUCAGUUUGGAUAUUUCAGAAAGCAACUGCUGUGUUGACAAAACAGGGAUAGAGGCUUCAUUAAAUCUUCAGUCUUGUUUUAAUUUGACUCGGGUAUUACUCUGUUGCUAACAUCUCAGGCUUUUUCCGUUGCAUAGGACACACUACAUUGAGGAUGAAUCCAUAAAAUGUCCAGUGUACAGUUACCAUUAAUGAGAAGAGCAAGUCUUAACAGCAGGACAAUAAAAGUGCAUUUCUGUACAUUUUAAAACAUGGCUGCUGCAUGACUGCUACCGUGUGGUUCAGACAGGGAGCGGGAGAAGUUGCCUGUGCUGUGCCUAAGAGACCAGCUGCAACAGGGAAUCAGACGUUGCUCAUAAAGGGCUAAGUUUUCCUCACAUGUGCACUUAUGUUUGUAAAAAGCUGUUAAUAUUAAAUGAUGCGUUUGCAUGUGAAAGUGCAGUGAAUCAGUCUUUGUAUCAGUGCAGCCUGGAUUCAGUCAGUUUCAGUGCACUUGCUUUUGCAGCUUUGAUCUCUGUGCUAUAGAGCCUGGAAGUGUAGUCUAAUGUUGCACUUUAUCAUUUCCAGAAGUUAUGUUCAGUUCAUAUCUGCAAUGCAUAAAUAAGGCUGCAUAUAUAAAGAGUUCAAGCUAAUCCUCUCAGUUACAGUUCUACCAAAGGAGCUUGUGUACUUCAGAAUUUGCACUUUCAGCUGAGCUCAGCAGCUCCUCGUCUUUUAAUCAUCACAAAAUGCUUCAUAUCUGAGAAUCCCGUAGUUUGUUGAGGACACGCGCUCCUCACUGCAAAAACCACUGCUCUGCUGUACUCAUCACAUGAUCUGCUAGUCAUUUCAGCUGUGGUCAUUUCUCCUCCUUUUUUUUUAAAACUACCUACAAUGGCCCCAAACAUUUGCACUAGACAACAUCGGCCUGCUGUUUUUUUUCUUUCUAUUUUUUGUGAUGGAGUCACAGGGUUUCUCUACAGGUUUGAUGUGAUUAAUACGAGAAGUAUUUGGAAUUUGAAAGGUUAUUUGAAAUUUCAAAGGAUAAUAAAAGUGCAGAGAGCUAUAGUCAUAUUUUAAGUGUAAUUUACUGUGUAUCAUCCUAGAAGUUGUAUGACAGCAAGAGGUCCAGAAAACUACUGUACAUAAAGAGAGGUCUGUUCUCUUGAUGACUGAUCAGUUGAAGGAUAGUGAUUUUGUCUCUUUAUUUCAUGUUCCCACUUCAACACUUCUCAUACUGGACUCAUCUGCAAAUGCCAGCCUUUUCUCCAGAGCUUUACACUGUUGUAUUUAUAUCAUGUUUAACAGUUGUUUGGCUGUCUGAUGUAAAAUAUAAAGAGGACUUUGUUCAUAUCA